AUGCAACUGUUAUCACAGAUUCACAGCAGGGAUCUGAACUUUCGAGGUGAUAAAAAUGUGCAUGGCCAUCCAGUACGGAGUACGGAGUACACUGCACAUAGCACACUGGGCACAAAUAUUAUCCACGGGAUGAUCAUCCAUUAUUAUUACGGGUGGAUACGUACGGAGUACUCCGACCUCUACUACUCUGUACUCCAUACCCAGUCGAGAAAAGGAUAUCGUGGACAACUUUCCUCCAGAGGACAGGACGCCACCGUUCCGACUUCAGUCGUGUUUUCUUCUUUCUUCCUUUUUUUCUUUUCUGGCUGCGAGUUAGUUGGUAGACUAGGUCUUGGCGAUUUCAGCCUCACCCAGGCUAAGGCUAUAAGUAGACGGAGUACGGAGCACGGAUUACUCCGUUCUCCGUACGGAGUACUAAGUCAGGUAGGUAAGGUGCCUAACGUAAUGAUGAUGAAACAGGCUACUACUAAUACUUACGAAUUACUAUCUACGGAGUUAAAGUACAGAUUUAUUUACUCUGUAUACGGAGUACUCCGUACUAAUAUGUUCCUGCACAUAAGUAAUAAGUAA